AUGAAAUAAAUAUCUGAAAGUGUUCAUAUUUUACAAAAGGUUUAUAAUCCACAAAGAAUGAAUAAGUUGUUUAUGACUACUCAUUAUUAACUGUAAAAUGAAACUGAUUUAAUAUUCGACAAAUUUAUGUUGAUGCCUCUUUUCGGAUUAUCAGUGGCGAAUGGAAUAUCAUCAAAUUGCAUCAAACCGAAAUAUUUAUGCAGCGAUUACAAAAAACAAGAAUUAUAUGAUUGCAAUCUAAUUUUGAUUAUGUCUGCAUAUUCUGAUUAAGCUGUGUAUAGAUCCAAGACGAUGUAUUCAAAAAGGAAUGGUUUAGAAUAAAUUUUCAAAUAUCUUGCAAUUCCGAAUCACACAUAUAACAUUCACAUAAGCUUAUUAAGCUAUUUUGUUCCAUAAAGGUAUUUAUUUUCAAAUAUUGAGAGUAUUUUAUAAACAAGUACUAUAAGCCUUAAAUAUAUUUGAAUUAAUUGAUUAAAAACAAAUUGAAGAAUUGACUAAAUCUUCAUCAAUUAUCAACUAGCUGGUUGGAGAGGAUACACUUGAUUCAAUUUUGUUUAAAAAUUAAGAAUUCAUAGACUAUUAGAAAUGGAGGAGAAUGCUUAAAAAUAAUUCAAUUAUAAAUUUAAAGACUCUUCAUCAACAUUCACUGUCUUAAUAAAUAUUUUGCUAAUAUUUUUUAAGAUAUCAUUAUUAUGAAGGUUGUGAAGAGGAAAUUAAUAAAUUGAAUAAGUUUUUGGUUGACGAUUUUGACAUGUUUAAGGUAAUAAUACAAUAUUAAAAAUGUUUAGUUUCGUUUUCGAUUAGAACAUAAUGAAAAGAAGAUGAAAUUUUAUUUUUUAAGAAUGUUGAAGUAUUUUAAAUUGAAUGAGAAAUUAGAAAAGUUUUUGAAGUUCUCGUUCAAAUCAUAUUCUCUGGAUUGGAACAAAGAACUACUACGAGAAAUGAAGAAUAGUAUGAAUUAAAAUAAAUAAUAAUGA